AUGGUUAAUGGACAGGAAAAGACACGCACCACCCCCAGCCACCUUGCAGCGAUAAGGUAAGCUCAACGCACAGAAAUGGUAAAGAAAUUUCCUAGCUUCCUCCUGACAAUGAGGCAGAGCGAAGGAGACAGAAGCCUCUUUUGCAGGAAUGGGAAACUUUUCACAAAAUUGGAGGACAGGUUUCGGCGCACCACUCUUUGGAAAGGCUGAAAGGCUCCCUCUCUUGGAGCAGAACUGCCGGGCUAGGGAAAGCUUCAUCUGUUGGAUGCCUGCCUGCCAAGGAACCCAUUACAAAACCCCAGAGACCACUCUUCCAGAAAACAGCUGUCAGUCUGUCAAACUUUUACAACAGCAGGUGGGACAGCGUUCUAUUAUGUUAAAUUUGGCAGAUUACCUUCUCAAGCGCAGGAACGCAAACCGCUUCUUAUUUAAUGAUCAACCUGUAAAUAAUUCCAAAGUAUAAAUCAUGGGUCUGUUUGAUGUUUGGCAGCCGGCUCAAGAAUCCGUUCAAGCCAACACUGAAGUGACUGGAAGCCAAAACAAAAUAAUGCAAAAAAAAACACACACAACAAAACAAAAAACUGGGAGGGGGCUUUGAAUUGGAAUGAUGUGGUUAUAUUUAGAUGGUACAGAGUGUUGUAAAGGAGUGAGUCAUGCCAGUUCUUAAAGAAACAUGUAGUUUAAGUCACGCCAGGGCAUAGAAGAACCUCUAUCAUUAGUACAGUGCUCUUUUGAUGCUAAUUGGUGGCCCGGCCACAUUGCUUCAAAGGCUUGUCAAAGAGAUAGCGCCAGGGCUCCGUUCAGAAGUUGGCAUGUUGUCAGGCUGAGAAUGAGAGUGAACAAAAGCAGGAAACGGAGCGCAGGUUUGCGUGGCCUUUUCUCCUUUUCCUUUCUGCGUAGGAUGCAGUUUAAGGCAAGAGUCCUGUAAAGUUCUAGGGCAGCAGAGACACUGGGCCAUAACAGUUGCGGUAAGGGCAAGACUCCACCUAUUGGCAAGAGAGAGAGAGAGAGAGAGCCCACUAGGAAUGUGUGGCUAUCCCUCAUCUCCCUUCAAAAAUUACUGGAGGGCUUGCAAACAUUGCCUUUGACUACGUGGGGAAAUCUCAAAGGCUUUUUUGAAUGUUCUUGAACCCCCGAGUUGCCUCACUCAACUGCGCUGAAGACUUUGCAGCCCAGAAUCAAGGCUUCUGACAGUAAUAUCAGCAUUUUUUGUUUCUCUGGGUGACGGUUCAUCAGAUCCAUAGGGAAAUGGGGCAGAGGACCAGCUAGGGUUUGGGAGUAUGAACAGAAUCAAUGCAAAGGAGCCUGCUUACGGCAUGUUGUGCUCAUCUCAAUUCUGCUUGCAGUCAUUUGAGCAGAUGUGUUUGCUUUGAAUGCUCCAUCUCCCCUGAAGCCCAUCUCAAACCCUCCAAGUGCCCCUAUUUCCCAGUGACGAUCCCAGAUUUACAGAAGCCAUCCCAUUUUCUGAUUUGAUCCCAGAAUGUCCCGCUUUUCCUUAGGACAUCCCUAUUUUCACCGGAGGGUACGGAAUUAUGCAACUCCUUGAGCCAAGGAGAUAAGUAACCUUUAGAAGACAUCUAAAGGCAGCCCUGUAUAGGGAAGUUUUGAUGUUUUAUUAUGGUUUCACAUAUGUUGGAAGCUGGCUAGAUUGGCUGGGGCAACCCAGUCAGAUGGGUGGGGCAUAGACUGUGCUUUCCCCACCUUCAUCCGCUGAUUUCUAACUUUCCUGCAGUUCUUAAGGGUCAUCACCCAUACAACUCCCCACCCCUGCAACAACACACCUUCUGUGCUGAAAAACAUCCGAUGGAAAAAGCCAGGGGGCUUUCCUAUGAAGGACCCUGGUCUGUUUACUAUGCCUGUGACUUUUCCUUCCCUCUCCCUCCCUCCCUCUGUUUGUUAAGGGUCUCAAUUACAGCCCCUGAAUUAACCAGGGCUGCAGUCUUGAGUUUUGCUUGCUCUCACCUGGAGAGAAUAGAACUUAACCUUCUCAGCGCACGACAGCUAACAUGUGGCCCUUGCAAAGGGAAUGGAUUUUUUAAAAAGUGCUUUGGGAGCUUGUUCCGCUGCACUUGAGCUGUGUGCCUUUACCAUUUAUCAAGGAUAUGGGCUGACAAGUUUGCAAGCUAAAUUUUGUGACCACUCAAUAAAGCAAUGAGUUGUUUAAUUGUUCAGGUAAAUCCGUUUAAGGAUCUGCUAGUUGAUUGAAAUGAUGUCCCUGAUUUACUGGAUAGCAAUUGUAUGUAGGCAUAGAUACGGCUGCAUUUUUAAUACACAUACAAAUAUUGGACAUGGUGGGCAUCAUUUUUGAAAAGGCCUUCUCCGUUGUGUCCGAUAUAAAAAUGAAUGUCUGUUCUUUGACCCGUAAGGACCUAAGAAUCAAUCAUUACUAGCCAUGCUGGCUAUUGUUCUACCUCCACUGAGCGUAUGCCUGUGAAUGCUAGUUGCUGGAAAUCACAAGUGGGGAAAUCACAAGUGGGUUUUUUUCACUCCAGUGCUGCUUGUGGGUUUCCUAUAGGCAUGUGGUUGGCCACUCUGAAAGCAGGAUGCUGGACUAGAUGGGUCCUUGGUCUGUACAAAGCAGCCUUUUUCAAUGUUGAAAAACGUUGGUCUGUUGGAUCAGACCAAAGGCGCAUCUAGUUGUCAUGGACUGGUUGCAUGUAGAGGAAUGGUGGGAGGAACCAGUUGGGGAACCACCAAGGGAAGACGGCUCAGAGCCUGGGGAGACAAUGGGAGAGGACUGGGAAGAGGAGAUGUCAGAAGCUGAAGAGGUAACAGGGCUUAGUGAGCUGGGAGAGUCUGUGGCAGCGACAAAUCCAGAAUUAAGAGGCAGAUGGAUGCUGAAACAGGGGAGUGAGAGGAGAGAGGCCAAGAGGCAGAGAUGUGUCAGGCUGCUGAAGAGUCACAGGUGUCUCCCCCUCCUGCUGCAACAAGCUUCCCUCGCCCUUGUCUCCCAGAACCAGAAGAGAGCUGAAAUGAGCCGAGCAACGGCAGGCUGCAAGCAGGCGGAGUCUCUGAUUGCUUGGUGAAGGCCCUGGAGAGGAGGGGACUUAGACAGCUUUGGGGAGACAGGGACUUUCAGUCUGAGCAACAGAUCCAUGGGGCCAGACCUACCAGAGAUGAACUGCUGUGCUCAUUAGGCCUGACACUCAGCCAAGUGUAUGAAGUACAUGUUUUGGCUAAUAAAGAGUUAAGUCCAGCUUUGACAGUGUGAUUUACUGCUGGUUUGUUCUAGCAUUCUGUUUUCACAGUGGCCUACCAGCUGUACCUGGGAAACAAGCAAAGCAUGUGUGCAAUAGCAAUCUUGUACUCAGAGGCAUAGUGAGCAAUAUGCUCCUGGGAAGGACUGUAGUUCAGUGGUAGAGCUUUGAAUGCAUAAGGUCCCUGGUUCAAAUCCCAGCAUCCCUAGGCGAGGUUGGAAUGUCACCUGCCUGAAACACAGAGGAGCCUUUGCCUGCCAGUGUAGACAGCGCUGAAGUAGAGGCACCAGUGGUCUGACUCAGUAUAGAGCAGGGUACUCCAUACCUUUGAUACCAGAGGCAAUACAUAUCUAUCACAACUAGUAGUGAUCGAUUUGCCUUAUCCUCCAUGAAUUUGUCUAAUCCCCCCCUUUAAAGCCAUCCAAAUCUAAAACCUCACUGGCAGAUACAGUCCACAGAUGUAAAAUUGCCAGCGACAGCGAGAGCAAAUAUCCAGAUCCCUGGGGAUCUGAGAGUGGUGUGACGAGGAGACAAAACUGAUUUUGACAAAGCAGCACUUAAUUGGUUUAUAGGCGGACCGCACUGAAAAUAUUUAAAAGAUUACAAAGACCCCUGGAAUGAAGCAGCGCAUUUAAAAGAAAAAAGGAAGAAUCGUUUUAGAAGUAUAGGUGGUGGGGGCUGCAACAAAAUGUUGCAGUGUCGAGUGCACAUUCCAGUCAGCCAGGCAUGCACACCAUUCACGAAACUCCACUGCAUUCCAUUCUGUUAUUUUACCCUGGUUGUCUAUCUUCAGUGCUGCCGCCCCCACCUGUCAGUCAGUACUCUGCGACUACUGAGCAUGCUCAGUCCCCACCUGACUGAGAAAUGCUCCUUCCUUGCUGGGCUCUCCCAGUUAUGGUUUCAUUCAAAAGAGUUUUAAUGUACUUCUACAAAUCUUGGCAUUGCUCUGGUCUAUCCGAUACCUCCCUCUUCUGCAAAGAUAGUGCUAUUUAGGCUACGUCAGCAACAUUUAUUCAUUUAACAAAAUUUAUAUGCCACUUGAUUGUAGACAAACCUCUAAGUGGUGUACAAGAAAUGAUGUCAUAAAUAAAAACAGCUAGAAACAGCUGGAGGAAUUUGAAGAUAAUUAAAACCACCAAAGAAAAAGAUUAAAGCAUGCCAGUAUCCAAGUGCCUGGUUAAGUUUGCCUAAAGAAAAAUAUUAUUUAGCAGGCACUGGCAAGAGAACAGCGAAGGCUUCUGCCUGCUGUCAAUAAGCAGGGAGUUCCAAAGGUGGGUGCUGUCACACUAAAAAGUUAUGGAAUCAUAAAAUGGUAGCAUUGGAAGGGAUCCUGCAAUGCAGGAAAUCUCAACUAAAGCGGAACAAGCAUUAUGUGGUACCUGUAACAGUUCUGCAGAUCAAAGUGGCUGAGUGAGCACAUAUGGGGUAAGAUGAUACUGCAAGUAAGAAGAGUUUGGAUUUGAUAUCCCACUUUAUCACUACCCGAAGGAGUCUCAAAGCGGCUAACAUUCUCCUUUCCCUUCCUCCCCCACAACAAACACUCUGUGAGGUGAGUGGGGCUGAGAGACUUCAGAGAAAUAUGACUAGCCCAAGGUCACCCAGCAGAUGCAUGUGGAGGAGUGGGGAAGCGAACCCGGUUCACCAGAUUACGAGUUCACUGCUCUUAACCACUACACUACACUGGCUCUCAAGUAACUGGUCCCAAGCCGUUAAGAGCUUUAUAUACCAAUAGUAACACCUUGAACAAGGCUCAGUUAACAAAUCAGCAACCAGAUCUCAAAGCAGAGGUCUUAUAUGCUGACAGGGUCUCCCUCUCAGCAAAAGCACUGCAGUGGCGAGAGAGAGAGAGGCCAAAGGCCCAGCAAGCUGAAAAUUUAUCCUUGCCCUGGGCGCAGGGCCAAGCACCACUAUUGGUCAGUUGGUCCCGUGCCCAGGGGGAAAGCCCCCUAAUUCCUGCCACCAUUGGCCAAAUCGGUGGCUGGAGGACAAUCCAGCCUGCAAUAGGCUGGUUCACAGAGGAGGGUUUAACUGCAGUAUCUGGACCAACCACAAGGGUGUCAGGAGUUCAGCCUACACUCGAGUAGGACUCUGGCAGAGACACAUGCCUGACAGGCAUGUUUCCUCCCUCCUGGUCAAUCGUUCGGGAGUUUCAAAAGCUUUCUUCAGCCCAAACAUCACAGCAACUGAUGCCAACCAACACCGGCACACUUAGGGAUCCACAGACUUUGCGCAUCAUGCGCGUGACAGACCUCAGCAAUUCAGCAUUUUGGCUAAUCUACUUUAUUUACAUAUAAACACACACGGAGCACUACAACAUGGCUCCCUCUCUCUCUAGCAUCAGACAGCAAAGAGAAGAAAAACAAAGGACAAUAGUCCCGCUUCACGGAACACAGUAACACAAACAUCCUGUUUCCGUCACUUCCCACUUUGUGGAGUCAAAACAUAUACUGUCAUGUGAAAGACAACAAUCCCAUGACUGCAAUCAUGGAGCAGGAAUUCUAACAUCGGGAAGCCCAUGUAGAGGGUGUUGCAGUAAUCCAAUCUUGAAGUCACCAGUGCCUGAACUUCCGGGGUCAAGCUCUCCUGGUCCAGGAAUGGCUGAACUGCCAUACCAGACACAGUUGGGGGUGAAGUGCUUCUAGCCACUGAUGUUACCUGGGCUUCCGGUGACAUCACUCACUCCUGGACAUUGAAAGCAGAAGAAGUGACAAGGAAUGCAGAUGGUGUGGAUCUCACAUGCACUUUGAUAUCUGUUGGGGUUUCACAAUUCCCUUCACAGGGAACCAUGGUUCCCAUUAAGUAUGAAGGAGAAAUUCAUUUCAGCCUGCAUUUAAAGUCGAACCUAACUAGGUUGCACUUUCCAGAACAAUAUGUGAACUGAAACAACAGCCACCCUUCAAAAAAUUCACACUUCUCCAAAUUUUGUGCUGCAGCAAGUAAUGUGUACAAAAAAAGCAUUUUUUGUUGUUGCUUUAGUUGUGCACAAUGAUGCAUAUAUAUUAGUGGAAAAAAAUAUUCAUAAAGUCUUUAUUAUUAGGUUUUUAAAAAAUGUGUACAUUAGGUAAAUUGCUUACAAAAAUGUACAUUAGGAGAAAGUCACAUUAAAAUGCUGGUGAAUUUUCACGAGGACUUCUUUUAAAAAUAAAUAAAUCACAAACUGAUCUGAAAAUGUGGAGAUCCAAAAUGAAGAUUGGGGAUAUGGUGAGAUGCUGAAAUUGAUAGCAUUCAUCCAACCCUCGUUCCCAUUGAUUGGAUGAGCAUUUUGUGGUUAUUAGGGAUAUAUAUCCCCAUCCACUCUGUUAUUUGUGGUAUGCACAAGUAGUUGCAGCAGCUUAAACAGGAUCAGAGCCACCGUUCUCAUCCAACUCUUGCAGUGUUCACCUUCCUUUGAGGAUGGCUUAUAUUUCUCGCAGGUUGCUGUACCACAGAAUCUAGGAGUGUGGAGGUUGUUUGAUGGUCACUCAUUCAUUCCGUAUAGAUAAUUUAUUUCAGGUACCUCUCUGGACAAGUUUGAUAAUGUGAUUAAUUAAAAUUAAGGGUUGCAGAGGAAUAGCUGGGUUGUCUUUGUGAAAUUGUGUGAAGGAUAUUAGAUCUGAACGAUUUUGAUGAAUUGCUCUUAAAAAAAAUGCUCCAUCGUAUAAUGAAUUGAGCUUCUCGUACACUAUGAUUACAAUGGAUUUUAAUUUACAUGCCGGAGAGUGUUCCAUGGCAUAGAUUUGAUUAAACCGUUUUUGACAGAGUGAUACAAAUUGUUUGGCUGAAUGAAUGGAGUGCACUGCUUCAAAUCCAAGUUCAGAAACUUUUUUAAAAAAAUGAAACUAUAUUGGUAUAUUUAUCACUCUUUAAUGAAUUCAAGCCCUUAUAUACUACCUUGUUGAAAUCCUUCCAACAGGUCUGGAAGGUAGUUCAGGGUUGUCACUCCCAUUUUCUAAGUCAAAAUUGAGAGGGUGGGGGAUUGACUGAGGCUUCUCAAUGAGUUCACAGUAACGAUUCUUGAAUCAGGAACUUUCUGAAUCAUAAUGUGGUCUUUUUGCCACUAUGUUGUUGUUUAGUCGUUUAGUUGUGUCCAACUCUUCGUGACCCCAUGGACCAGAGCACGCCAGGCACUCCUGUCUUCCACUGCCUCCCGCAGUUUGGUCAAACUCAUGCUGGUAGCUUUGAGAACACUGUCCAACCAUCUUGUCCUCUGUCUUCCCCUUCUCCUUGUGCCCUCCAUCUUUCCCAACAUCAGGGUCUUUUCCAGGGAGUCUUCUCUUCUCUCAUGAGGUGGCCAAAGUAUUGGAGCCUCAGCUUCAUGAUCUGUCCUUCCAGUGAGCACUCAGGGCUGAUUUCCUUAAGAAUGGAUACAUUUGAUCUUCUUGCAGUCCAUGGGACUCUCAAGAGUCUCCUCCAGCACUAUAAUUCAAAAGCAUCAAUUCUUUGGCGAUCAGCCUUCUUUAUGGUCCAGCUCUCACUUCCAUACAUCACUACUGGGAAAACCAUAGCUUUAACUAUACAGACCUUUGUCGGCAAGGUGAUGUCUCUGCUUUUUAAGAUGCUGUCUAGGUUUGUCAUUGCUUUUCUCCGAAGAAGCAGGAGUCUUUUAAUUUCAUGACUGCUGUCACCAUCUGCAGUGAUCAUGGAGCCCAAGAAGGUAAAAUCUCUCACUGCCUCCAUUUCUUCCCCUUCUGUUUGCCAGGAGGUGAUGGGACCAGUGGCCAUGAUCUUCGUUUUUUUGCUGUUGAGCUUCAGACCGUAUUUUGAGCUCUCCUCUUUCACCCUCAUUAAAAGGUUCUUUAAUUCUAUGCUGCACCAUAAUGUUCAACUGGGCAUGGUGACAUGUGCUCAGAUGUCCCCUCCCUGCAAUCUGGCCCAUUGCCCUGACCCAGGCCCUGAGACUAGGCCAACCCAGGGACCACCCACCCCAGACCCAGAUCAAUUUGGGAGUGGGCUAAUGUUUAAAUAGGUUUUUAUUAAACCCUAAUUAAAUAUAUGGUAUGUGGAAAGGAGAGAUGCCAAGUCUCAUUGUGCCUUCUAGGUCUUUUGGACUCCAGCUCCCAUCAGCCCCAGCCAGAAUGGUCAAUGGUCAGGGAUUAUGGGUGCAGCAGUCCAAAAGCAUCUAGAAAAGACCAGGUUGGGGGAGGCUGGGCUAGCUCAUCCACAUCUGCUCUUGGUGGGUCUUUUGGGAAUCUCAGGAAAGUGGCAAGUUUCUGAGAGCUGCUAUCUGAGCUGUUCUUUGAACUAGAGGUGCCAGGAAACAGUAUUUGAAAUUUGCCAGGCUCAUUUUGCACCUGCCAACCUAGCAGUUCGAAAGCACGUCAAAGUGCAAGUAGAUAAACAGGUACCACCCCGGCGGGAAGGUAAACAGCAUUUCCAUGCGCUUCUCUGGUUCGCCAGAAGCGGCUUAGUCAUGCUGGCCACAUGACCCGGAAGCUGUACGACGGCUCCCUCGGCCAAUAAAGCGAGAUGAGCGCCGCAACCCUAGAAUUGGCCACGACUAGACCUAAUGGUCAGGGGUCCCUUUACCUUUAUUGGCCUCUUAAAACCAAGUAAAGAUGCCCAGGCAGCAGAAUGGCGCCUGACCGGAAUGGCGCCUGAUGUCUCCACCAUCUGGAAGUGCAUGCCUAGGGGAUCCCUGGAUCUUGCCUGUUUUCACACACUAGCAACACAUCCCGUAGAAUUCUAUCCAUUAUAUUUUAUCUGUGCAAUCAGAAUGGAUUUCAGGAACCUAAAAGCCAUAUUGAAAAAUACGACUUUUGAGCCGUCUGGCCCCAAAAAUUGCAACUAGGCAUUCCAUUUUGGCAACUGUAACCCUAGUUUAAAGAACCCUUUGGUGUCUAGCUUAUAUAUCUGAGGUUCUGAAGUGAACUAGAGGCAUCGUUCAAGCAAAACAUGAAGUGUACCAGACAGGGAACUGUCUGAUAUGUCACCUAAACCAGCUUUUAGCUAAACCAGCCACUCUGUUGUGUUCUGCAAGCAAGCUAUACAGUAUGUUCUGAUGCUGAUACAUUCAAACUGAAAAACACAGUAUGAGGCCAUUUCAAUGUCUAUGCUGAUCUCCUGUGAACGGGUCAUAGAAACUAUCUAUUCUUUUUUUCCGUGUUUUUAUCAAAUCUUUAUUAAUUUUCACAUAGACAAAUAUACACAAGUUACAUAACAUAUAAAACAGAAAAUGAUACAAAUGAAUAGAAACGAUGAAAUAAGAAAAGAUAAAGAAACAAACAUAAACAAAUACAAUAUAUUACACUUACAUGACAGAUUAAAAUAUAUAACGUCCAAUAAUUCUCAUUAUACCACUUAUAUUAUCUGUAUCCCUUGCACAUCAUAUUAUUUUGUUUUGUGUAUGUAUAUAUAAUCCACUAUUAUAUUUUAUGUAAUUCUUGGUUACUAGUAUCACUCUAUUUCUGCAAGUAUCUUAUUGUUCGUACAGUACAUUUUUAAGUAUUCUUUAAAUAUUUUCCAUUCCCUAUAUACCUUCUGGUUUGACACUCCUCUAAUUUUUCUAUUUCAAUUUUGCUAGUUGCAGGUAUUCUAUCAUAAGAAUUUGCCGCUCUGUAAUCUAUUCUAUAGUGACACUUUUCAGGAAGAGAUACGUGCAAGACCUCUGCCUGUAGAUUACCGCUUCGCAGGGAGCUGGGGAAUCAUUUUUUUGCUUGUGUAAAGCACACGCGGCAGUUACACGUGAUUGUCUAAUUACAGCAGCUUUAUUUUUAAAGGGUUACUCCCAUAGAUGCAACUAAACAACUAGAUAAUGAAAUGGUACGCUUGGCUUUAAAUGGGGUCUCUUGAAACUACGUGGGCGUAGGAAACUCUGUAUUUCUUUCAAUGCUUAUUAGAGAUGGGGAAGCAAUGGUGUCAUUCGGGCUCUGCUGAAACCAGUGGAGACCUAGCCGCUGCUGAUACUUCCAUCAGGGGAGAGAAGCAGAGCCGAAAUCUCCCUGUCAUGGCACCUCCACCCCCUGCUAUGAGAUGCUCUAUACCACCUUCCCACUCUUAGCUCUGAGAUGAGUUCUGGAUGGGUAUUUACAUAACCUCCCUGCUGCCUCCACAGGUAAUAUUUAUCGGAAUACUCCACCCUGGUGUAACCAAAUAUGAGGCAGGUGGUGCGAUGCAAUUGAUUUAUUAAACAGAAACAAUAAAUGAGUACGUUUCCGAGCACAAUUCAAAGUUUUGGUGCUGACCUUUAAAGCCCUAAAUGGCCUCGGUCCAGUAUACCUGAAGGAACGUUUCCACCCCCAUUGUUCAGCCCAGACACUGAGGUCCAGCUCUGAGGGCCUUCUAGUGGUUCCCUCGCUGCGAGAAGCCAAGUUACAGGGAACCAGGUAGAGGGCCUUCUUGGUAGUGGCACCCGCCCUGUGGAAUGCCCUCCCACCAGAUGUCAAAGAGGAAAACAACUACCAGACUUUUAGAAGACAUCUGAAGGCAGCCCUGUUUAGGGAAGCUUUUAAUGUUUAAUAGGUUAUUGUAUUUUAAUAUUCUGUUGGAAGCCACCCACAGACGGGCGGGGUAUAAAUAAUAAAUUAUUAUUAUUAUUAUUAUUAUUAUUAUUAUUAUUAUUAGGAUUCCUUGGUGUACACCCAACUUUCUUUAUCUCAUAUCGUAGAAUUGUACGUUGGAAGGGAGCCUGGGGGUCAUCUAGGUCCAAGUCCCAGCAAUGCAGGAAUCUCAAUGAAAGCAUCCACAACAGAUAGACAACCAACCUUUGCUGAAAAUACUCCUCCACCUCCCAAGGGAGUCUGUUCCACUGUCAAACAGCUCUUGCCACCAGAAAGUUGUACCUGAUGUUUAUCCAAGAAAGUUAUUCCUGAUGUAUGUCCAAGAAAGGAGUCUCUUUUUCUUGUAACUUGAAGCUAUUGAUUCAGGUCCUUACCCACCUCCCAGCACAAGAAAACAAGCUUGCUCUGUCUUCCAUAUGUUGGCCUUUUAGAUAUUUGAAGAUGGCUGCCAUAUCGGCUCUCAGUCUCCUCUUAUCUAGGCUAAACACAUUACUUUAUUGCAAUGGCUGCUAUAAAACAGAUCCUAUUUAAAAGACCAAGUCUGCUUCUCAUCCACCAUCAACUUCCACGCCAUCAGUCACCUAUUCCCUGACUCCACUCUCACAGUUGACUCGCCAUCAGCAUUCAUUUUUGGAAAAUAUAUAUAUAUAUAUUGCUCAAUGUCCACAUAACAAAUUAUCAAACCAUACAGUCACCUACAUACUGGUAAUUUAAGUGAUUUGUGUAAAGUUCCCAUUCCUCCUUGAAGUCACAGUUGACUUUGUCUCACAAUUUGUAUGUCAAUUUGGCCAGUUCUCCACAGUUCAUUGUCAUCAGCAUUCAAACUCUCUUUCAAAGGCUCAUCCAAUCGCCGCUCACUAUGCAUUUACCUUAAUUCCUCUAUUAAUAUUUAUGCAUAUAGCAUUAUGUUCGAAACACCAGAACUUCAUAGUCCACCCCCAACCGCAAUUGGGCUGCCCUAUUCUUAGGAAGGUAGCACAGGUGUGGGGGGGAGGGUGAAAGUCACAGACAGGUGCAGGGAUGUGUGGGUGGCCCUUAGGUGCCAUUUCUGUCCCAUGAUACUUCCAAGUGAGAGCAGGAAGCCUUACCCUUCGAAUUGUCUUAUGACAUGUGGUCCUAUGGUGUCUCCAUGAAGCUAAAUCAGAAGACUGCUGAGCCUUUGAGAGGCUACUGUGAUUUUAACCAAAAGCAGAACUGUCAACAGAUCUGCUGCUUCCUGUUCAGAAUGGCUGGGAGAUUAAUUUCCUCUGGCAGAAAGGCUUUAAUUACUGUUUUCCCCUUGCUUAACUCUCCCCCCCCCUUUCCUUUUAUAAUGCAAUACUGGUAUUUCACUAUAAAAUAAAGACUAGGAGAGUAGCUCCAUCCAUCCCUCCCCUUUUGCAGGCAGCAGCGGUUGACUAAUUAAGGGGCGAUUACGGGGCAAUAAAUCACUUACCAGUGACAGUUGUGCAUGUGUAGGUGCUCCACACAAUCAGGACUCCUGGUUGAGCAGGGUUCCCCAUGGGGAAAGGCCGCAGCUCAGGGCUCAUCCAGUCUUGUCCUUGCCCCACUGCUUUCCCCUAGAAAAAACCCUCAAUAUUUACUGCUGAAUCAGAGCAAAUGUCCAUUGGGUUCUCCAGGUAGGAUUCCCUGUCUGGAAUUCUGGAGAGCCACAGCCAGUCACUGUAAACAAUACUGAACAAGAAUUUCCAGUGGUGUCCAUAAGGCAGGUGCAACAGAGCUACACAUUUAUUUGUAAGCACUCUGCAAACCACAACCCGUGCAUUUUAAUUUAAAGCCUUCCUCGGGGGGAAUAGAAUUUGAUGUUCUUCUUCAAAGAGAAUUAUCUUGGGGCAUAUCAUCACCACAGACUUAAAACGGCUUUAUUAGUUGUGCUUCUGGGAGAUUCUCUAAGGAUUUCCUAUGGAAUUGUCAAUACCCUUGACCCAAACUACAAGUGAUAUUUGAGGGGGGUUAAUGAUACAGUUAUGAAACUGCCACAUUACAUAGAUAACCCUAGAUAUUAAAUGGAUAUUAUUGAAAGGAUUCAGAAAGAGAUUUCAGGAGGAGGAGGAGGAGGAGAAAGCUAGCCUGAGAGGCAGGCUUUAAAUUGAAAUGUGAUUUGCAUUUAAUAAGAACAAACUUGAACAAUUUAGCUGUUGUGAUGUGUGAAGUUUGCACACCAGCCGGCAAUUCUCACCUGCAAUCCUGACACUCAGUUCUAGGGAUCUUUUGAAGCUGAGACCUUGCACUACAGAGUUUGGCACCCCAAGGGUUUACACAGACCACAGAGAUAAAAUGAGAAGGUCCUAUGGAUAGGUCUGGCAGUGGUGCACAUGAAUAACUCCUCUUUUAAUUGCUACCAGUGCAACAUGCUUGCUUUUAAAAACUUAAGAACUUAUUAUCACAGUGGACAACCAGUUGUCUACAGGAAGCCUGAAAGCAGGACCUGAGUGCAACAGACACUCUUCAUUAUUGAUUCCCAGCAACUGAUAUUCAGAGGCCUCUCUCAGCUUCCAUGUUCCAAUUACAUAUCCCCCACUGUCUCAUUUGAUACAUGCUUGAGCUAAAGAAUUGUUAUUAUGGUGCCCACAUAUGCAUUGCAAAGUGUUUUUCAGGUACUUAAGAACAUACUUUGAGUCUCUGCCCCCCAAAACUCUGCAGGUCUUGUUUUCCAUUGUGUUUAUUAAGUUUUAUCAACAAACAUGACAACAGAGUAUGGUCAUGAAUUGCAGCUUUUAAAUAAUGAAUUCAAAUCUAGAGGAUUUCCUCAUCCCAGUCUACAUGGACUUCAGAAUUCCACAAUUUCAUGGCAAGGAAGUCUGGUUUGAGAAGCAGAGCCAUUCCAUCAUAGCAGAAUUGUGGUCUUUCUGCCCUCCUCUCCUCCUUGGAACUACAAAUCUAUGGUUUUCAUGCACCAGUUACUGCUACGCAUGUUUUGAGGCUUGCAUCCAGAGUAGAAUUAUGUAUUUCACUCUUUGGUUUUUAUAGAUAAUAGCCAUAUCCCAUUGUAAUGCUAAGAGUAUACCUUCACUUCAAACUUAUACCAUCUACUGCAUAGACUUUUGGGAGCCGCAAUUUGGUGUGAGUGCCAAACAUUCUCUGUUUAGGAUCCCUCAUCCUUCUCGUACAACUACAAUGCCCAGAGUUCACUAGGGAGAGGGAAUGGUGGCUAAACCAGUUUGUAGUGGACAUGCUUUCUAUUCCACAGGCAGAGAACCUGGGGCCCUGGGGCUGCUGUUGGACUCCGGCUCCCAUCAGCCACUCCAACAUGCCCAGCCAGCAAGCAUGAUGGGAGUUGUAGUCCAGCAAUAGCCAGAGGAUCACCAGAAUUUCCCCCUAAUUUUCUGCUCUAAUCCCUGGCUAGAAUGAAUUCACCGGAUGUCAGAAAUAGAUUACUGGAGGUGGUAUCAUGUGGUUUUUCUGUGGGUUGUAUUCAGUGUGUGCAGUGAGCAAAAGGCAGCUCAUGCAAGCAAUCUUUCUCUACUCCUCCCCUCUACACUCUGCAAUUCCUCCCCGGGGAAUGACUAAAAACAUCUGGAGGGCCACAGAUUCCCACCCUUGAAGGAGAGAAUACAUUUUGCCCUUGUGGUGAUGAUCCAAAACAGCACCAUGCUUCUAAUGGAGCAAGCUUCUGCUUACAGAAGUUCACAUUGCAUUCAGUAUCAGGAUGUCAUGGCCUCCUUUUGUGGAUUUUCCCCUCCCUAGGGCAUGAUUUGUAAUUUUUUCUUGGUUCCUUUCUUCCUCUUGGGCGCUUUUCUUUCCCUCCCAAUAUGAGCGAAGGCUCCUUUGUCUCGGGAAGAGGACUCCUGUGAUCCAGUUUGACUUCCUUUGUAUCUUUCAGUGGUUUCAACUGCAGCCAAAGUGCCUCAGCUUUUUCAUUCAUUUAGGAACCCCGACUUGAGUUAGUACGUAUGCAUAUUAUCUCUCUGUCUACCCUGCAUGGUUCUCAUUUAUAACCUGCAAUCUCGGCACAACCUUGCACAGAACACUGCUUUGGUGGAAUCAGUAACUGGUCAGAGAUAUUAAUCAGUGCUCCGGCUAAAUCACAAAUGCCAUUUUGACGUGUGUUUUGAAGCUCGCUGCUCCAUUUUGGCUGCUCUGGGUGUAUUUGGAGCUGAGAAGCCAGUUGUUUUGGAUGCACUAGAUCAGAUAUGGAGGACCUGUGCCCCUCUAGAUGCUAUUUGACUCCCAACUCCCAUCAAUCCCAGCCAGUAUAGCCAGUGGUCAGUGAUGAUGGGAGUUGGAACAUCUGGGAAGCCACUCCUCCUCUCAGUGAGUGUGCUACAGCUAUCUCUCCCACCGCACCCAUAGUCCCCACAAUUUUGCUCCCCAAAGCACAAUACAAGCACCGGCAGUACCGAUAUUAUUUUCCUGCAACACUAACUCAGUUCUCACCUAUGGGUUUCCUGCUCCUUUUGGCUUUUCCCCACACAUUAACUGAUGGCCAGUAAAUGGAAUCCCUAUUAUAUUUUGUUAUUUAGAUGCUACUAAUGAGGGCACAUAAAUAAUGAUACUAAGUACUAAUGGGAUUUAAUGAAAGAAAUGGAAUACCACCAGCAGAUGCUGAACAUAGCCCACACCAAGGAUGGGGAAACUUUGACCCUCCAGAUGUUGCCAAACUGCAACUUCCACUAUCCCUGACCAUUGGCCAUGCUGGCUGGGGCUGGAGGGGGCUGGGUUCCAACAGCAUCUGAAGGUCCACAGCUUCCCUAUCCUUGUCUACACUUUCCAAGGUGGAAUCCCAUGUCCGCAUGUGGAAUAAUCCCCUCCACUCCUGGUAGCUGCUUCAAAUCAGCAUAUGCAACCCAGGAGAGACUGAUUUUCACCAGAGGAGCACAUUUCCCUUACAACUUCUCCUUCCUACAACUUCUCCUCCCAAUCUUUCCAUUCCCCCUUUGCUUGGGGUGGGGUUCCUAAGCAUAUAUCACAUGGUAAAAGGGCUGGUAUUUUGGAUCCUGUUUGCCAAACACACAGACACACACCAAAGGAACCAAGUGGUCCACACUUAGGGCUGUAAGGUCUAUGGCAGCAGAGGCCUUUGGGAGGCUCACUGUGAUAUGUGCAUGUGCCUUCCUCUCCCUCCCUUUGCACAGCCGCCGUACGACAGGGUGACUCCCAAGCACAUGGUCACUUCUCUCUGUUUUUGUUGCUCCUGUCCUCGUCCUGAUGUGUUAGGUACAAAGGCAGGAAGCUGGCCCAGCACAAGUCGGAAAUAGAAUGUUUCACUCCAAAAGGGAGUAUGGGAAAUGGUGGGAGAGCAACAAUGAGCAGGUAAGCAAAAGCAUGAGCGCCGCAAACCCCUCCUUUCCCAGGCCGUGUGAGAUGUCUGUCAGUCGGAGGAGCAUCUCGAGAGACAUUGUAACCCACCUCCUCAAUGUGUCAGCGCUGUACAUCCCAUACGAUAUGUCUGUAGAAGCUCAGACACCACCGCUCCUUGUUUCCUUGUAUGUUGUUGGAACCUGCAAACAGGGUUGCUAAGCCAACCUGGUCUCCUCUUGAGUCUGUAAUGUUACGGAAAAAUCUAGGUGUGAGGCUGCUCAGUCACCCAGCUCAUCGGGCAGAGCCCGUGGGUCUCUGCGGAAUAAAGGAAGGAGUCCAGCCAACCGGAGCAAAUAGCUGUAGACCAAAGUUUAUUGUGCAAAAGGUUCAAAGAGCAAAUUUGAACCCCGAGGAUGGGGUGACAAAGACUUUUAAAACUUUCCCACCAUAUCCCAGAAUACAGUUCGUACAGCAUCAUUGCUACAUCACUGACAUGUCACAAAAGGGGAGGGGUUAACCUUGGCAAACAUGUCCAGACAAGUCCUUGGUACAAGAUUAGCAUAAGCAGACAUGGCAGGGCAAGACUCAGGUAUAAGAUUAGCAUAGACAAAUAUGUCUUAAGUACCCACCACCCAAAAGUACAAUAGAAGUUCCUUUGCAUGUCUGGAGCCUGAGGCGAGUCAGGUGAUGAGAUUUGGCUUCCCUUGGCUAACAAUGAGCCCAGCAAUUGUCACCUCUGGGAACUUCCUGGAGUCCUUUUUCAACAGGAAAAUAGCUUUGGAAUGGAGGAAACUGGGAAAGGAGAUGAUUUUAUCUUAUUUUUAAAGCUAGGUAACUUCCCUGAGCUGUCAAGUUGAAAGGAUACAUUCAGGCAUAAUAUUUGUAAUAUUUAAUUGAAAGAUGUGCCACCCCCCGGUAAUUUCCGUAACAGUUACAACAGCUUGAUCUACAGCAGGUGAAGGGGGCAACUGCAUGGAGAAUGGAAGUGUUACCACCUCAUGUUUGUUGAUCAAGGAGCAAAGAAAGGUCAGCUUUAACAGAAGCUGGCAACCCUAGCUGCAAGACGGACACUGUCUUUCUCAGUGACGGGAACCAUUUUGUCCGCGAUUUGUUAUUUUGCCGCCAAAAAGGAGACUCUUUGCAACAAAACAUCCCCCCUGCUGGUAUAUAUUUGGCCUAGCCCAGCUGGCAAAGAAUCAUCAGCCUCGGUCUCUGGCAUGUGUUGCUCUGGGCUACACACAUGGUGAAUUUGUUACAAAUGUGCCACUGGCUUUAUCCUUUUUAUUUUAAUACCAGCGAUGCAUUGUAAUGAUCGGACAAGGGCUUCCUGGGGCACUCUUGGCAUUACUGAAGUACUCUCAGGCAUGCAUAGUCGACAAUGACAGCACUACAAAAUGCAUGCCAAGAGCUUAAAGGAUGUCUGAACAAACCCAGAGAUCGCCACUGAAGGACUCUGUACUGCACUGAGCAUGGAGACAAUAAACAAAGAAAUUAAUAAGCAGCUUGGGGAGCUCAAUCCUACCUCCCAAAAUCUCUCACCUGGCCUCCAGUAUAGAGUCCUACUUAUGUCCACCACAUGCAUCUGCACUUACGAAUCUUUCUCUUGUAUGAGAUGAGAUGCAAGCAAUGAAGGACUCUUCAGCCAAGAGAAGGGGAGAGAAAUGUGAUUCAGUUCGCAUUCGAAGGUGAACCUGCCUUCAAAAUAGGGAAGCAUUUUUCUUCUUCUAAUUUUCCAGGUCUUACUAGUUCUUGUCAGAUGCUGCCAGCCCAGGAGCAGGCAAGUGAGUUUCAGAUGGCAGGGAGCUAGGAGUUGGGAUGAUAUUUAUCCUGUUUUUGAGAAUCUUCUCCUGUGGAGCUAACUUGUCACUGGCUCAUAAAUUAUAUUCACAGUCCAAGCUAUUUUGUUUCUAAGCAUUCCCCCCAGCAACUUUAACAUGCACAAAGGACAUUUAUUCAUUCUUGCUAAAUUACUUUCCCUAAAAAUUCUUCAUCAGCAUAAACUUGGAGACAUGCAUAUUUCUUCCAGAUAUGGCAAGCUCUAAAUUUCCUUUUGACAGCUCUAAUAUCAAUACAUCAACUUUUACAACUAUCAUUCCAUCCAUAUAUUUAGCUUAUCACGUUGACACGUCUCUUAACCCAAAAUUUAUUGACCAUCAACUGAUAAACAAAACUCUAAGUGCCUUUAUGACCUUGGAUGAUAAAUUGAGCUUUCACCAAAUUUGAGAUAAACCUGUAGCCAUGAACAUUAAUGACCCAACAUUCUUCCUAUGUUUAUGAAAACAAACCAUUCUGCCUUCUGAAUGAAGUUGAAAUCAGUUACCCAAAAUUCUCCUGAAGCUCACUUUAGGGCUGUGUACUUCCUUCAAAAAAUCAUUACACUUAAUUAUUUACAAUGUCAACUUCUUAAUUAUUUCUCAUGGACCAUCCUCAUUUGGCUAUGACUUGAUUUUGUUAAAAUAAAAUAUGAUCUGUUCUUUAUUUGUAGAUAGAUUAAUAUAUCAGUAGCCAUUCCAGAAAAAUUAAAGCAUCUACAGUAUAGUGUAAUAUCUGUGACACUGUGAAAAAAUAGAUUCUGACCAGAGAUAGUAGGAUUUGUCAUUUUAGCCAGGAAUCAUGAACAGGCAGAUCCAGAUCUGUAGAGCUAUCUCAUCUGACAGCUGAACCAACUUUUAAUCAAGAUGAAGUAGAAAGUUUACAGUCUCACUUGCAAGGAAUAUAAACUUGGUUGCUAAAACCGUAAGAGAUAAAGGAAUUUCCCAUUUUAGUGUUGACAUUCCUCUCUGGGUGCUACAUCUAAUAUCCCAAAUAUGCCUGAAUGAUAGUUCUCCAUCACUGUCAAGUUCUUAUGGCGACAUGUCUCCGUCAUUAUUUUAGAGCCUGACCACCUCGGUGACAAAUUGUGGACAGGAUUUCAGAAUGGAAAACAGUGUGUGUCCCCACAAAAAAAAAUACGAAAGUCAACCUUCUCCUAAAGCAUUUGGAUAAGCUACAAAGCAUCAUUCAAAAUGAAUAACAAUCCUUUUUAAUGGACUCCUGGGUGUUCCUUCCAUGGCGAUCUCUUGAGUUGUUCAGGUCAUCAAUUUAAUCCCUGCUGUUCUGUCUUUUUAUUCCCUCGUUGGGCUUCAAUGAUGUCAGCAGUGGUCGAUUGUGUUCACACAUCUGCUCAGGAUUGAUCCACAGCUUCUGUUUGUUUGUCAACCUCUCUGUGUGGCAUUCUCUCUCUCUCUCUCUCUCUCUCUCUCUCUCUCUGCCCUCCUCCAUCUCUCUCUUCCCCCUUUUUCUCUCUCUUGUCUUGGCUGUGCCCGUUUCUAACUUGAUUGAUCUGUUCUGGAAAAAGAACAGCAAUUCAGUUGAAGAACGAGAAGCAAAUUGGUGGGGAAGAAAAGUGCAUGCAAAUAUCAAUUACUCAUAUGCUGUUUUAGCCUGUUGACAGCGGGGAGGAGGCUGCUUCCCCACAGUAUAUGCAAUCUUUGUCCUGUAUAUUUUCCCUCCAGUGAAGAGCCAAUGUUCAUUCUAUAGCAUGAUGAAUUUCAUUUCAGUAGAGCUGAGAGACAGCACGCUAUUGAGGAAGAUGCCCUACAUUUGUUAGCUUAAAUCUUAUUAAACAGACCGAGGGCGUUUCUACUUGCAUGGAGGUAAAUGCGCCUGAAAUCAAUGGGGCUUUACUUCCAAGGAAUUUUGGUACAGAAGUCUCACAGGUAGAGCAAAGGUCUACCAGCAAUCUCAAGAGAGAAUUUUAGAUAUGCAUAUCUGGUGGGAGAAUACCGCUUUCCUCUGUGGGCCACAGACAUGUCAGUCUUGGUGUGGUGAAUCUGCAGCUGUGCUUUGGAGCACUGAUGCAUUGAUGCAUGACCUUACCAUGUCAACUGUAUGACAAGUGAGUGUGUGCUUUGAGACUGUUUGGAAUAUGAAACUUGUUCAUGUCUUUGAAUUCGGGCUGGGCAAUAUAUCGUCCAAAACAGAUUUGAAGUCCAUAUUGUCAUAUCGGUUUCAUAAUUUUUGACCUGGCAAUAUAUCGCGAAUCAUGGGGUGUGUGUGUGUGUGUGUGUGUGUGUGCGCGCGCGCACACGUGUGCUAUGCAAAAAAAAUCAAAAUGUGGGGGGAAACUGUAAAGCCAGCCAAUGCCUCUACAUAGCUCCAUCUUUAUUUCAGCCAUCAUGAUAUAUCGGUAUAUCACAAUGUUUAGCUGGUGAUAUAUCACGAUGUUGAAAACCAGAUAUCGGCCAGCCCUGCUUUGGAUUAAUGCUCAUGUUUUGAGCCGAUAACACAGGCUUGGCACAAUAGGCUUUGGCAACCAAACCUGUACUGCCCUUGCCUUGCGCAGUGUAGACCAAGAAGGUAAAUAAACACUGCAGCCAAUAAAACAAUUGUUUCCACAAUUCCUUAGGUCAGGGUUAGGGAACUUUUGACUUUCCAGAUGCUGCUGGACUACAGUUCCCAUCAACCCCAGCAAGCAUGGCUAGUGCCCAGCGAAUGAUAGUUCUGUAGUUCAGAAACAUCUGGAAGGCCAAAGAUGCCCCACAUCUGCCUUUUGGGAAAGGAUUAUCCAAGUCUUCAUCAUAUGAAUGUCGAUAAAACCCAGUGAUGGCAACAGAAGGAACUGAGGCUAGAAGAGCAGAAACCAUUUUCUCUUUUCAUGUAGGCACAGAUAUUUAACUUGUGUUGUUCUAGUUAUUUUCUGUGUGUGCCAACAUGGGGAUAAAUCAUGGCAGGGAUGAAGGACCUUUAACUCCCUGGAUGGUGAUGGAUUCCUGCUCUCUUCAGCUCCAGCCAGCAAGAUCAAUGUUCAGGGAUGAGGAGAGUCCGUAGCCCAGAAACAUCUGGAGGGCUGUAGGUUCCCUGCCCCAGAUUUAAGGCAUUGAGAUUGGCUGACUUAUCAUCACAGAGACAAACCCUCAUGCAAGCUGUUGCGAGAUAGAUAUACGUUUCUUAUUUGUUGCAUUUAAUUAAGUCGGUAAUUUUAAGCCAAAGUCAUAGCCGCGCUACCAAGGCAUCGAUGUUUUGACAGCCUCAUAAAACAUCCCAUCACAUAAUUGAUUUUAAAUGAUGGAAGUGAAAGCUAUUAGUGGGCGGCUUGUGACUGAUUGUUGCUCAAAUAUAAAAGUGCCUUGCAAACAACUAACAUCAUGCACAUAAAAAUGUUUCAUGUUUGUGCAACAGCUCCCAUUUUGUGGUUUUCUCCGACUUGCUUUCUGUGGAAGGAAAUUGCUGGGAGAAACCACCUUUCCAACAUAAUGUUGCCAGGCUCCUGUUACUGUUUGAGCUGAUGCAUUGACUUUUCCCAGGGUAUCAUUGUAAGCAACAUGGCCAUGACGCAGCUUCCAACUUUUGAAGCCCAAAUUGGUUUGCACGUCCAUUCUAUCACCUAGAAUCCAGAGAAGGAGGAACAUCUAAGUUCUGUUUGGGUGCAAUGCCUGAACAGGAAAUAUGGAUGCUAAGAGGAGGCAUGGAGUCCUACUCACUCAUCCCCUUCUACAACAUCCAUGUGAGCUCCAGACCACCCCAUCUCUGAUCUCAGCCUUCCCCUACUGAAUGGGGAAGGUAAGAAGAGGACUACCUACUACUCUUGUUGGUUUUAACAUUGAGUAGAAGCCCUGUGUGAUCAGGAACCCUGAAAAAGGAGGGUUCUCAUGGAGACUUCUACUCAUGUUCAAGCAAACACAAGCAGAGGUCCCCUUCAGACCUUCCUCAUUCAACAUAGAAAAUUUGGGGCAUGCAGAGGUAGGGGCGUUGUGUACAAUUGCGACUGUCCCGUAUCAAAAGGGAUAUUGUAGAGAAAGUAAAGGUUCCGAAAAAGGCAACCCAAAUGAUCAAGGGGCUGCAGUAACUCCCCUAUGAGGAGGCCAUAGCCCCAGGUGCCUGUCAUUGGGGAUCUCUGGGUACCAGAGCCCAGUCUGGCAGUGCCACCGCAACCCCAGCCCCUCACUGAAUGGCCGCCUGGUUAGUGUUAGAGGGAUGCACCCAUAGGCAGGCGGACAGGCAGAGUGGUGCAGUCCUGUGAACCCUCCGUGCCCUGCGCCAACCUAGGGGCAGAAGCGAAGGUUAGGCUGGCAUGACAGGAUUUUGUUUACCCUGCAUACCCAGUGCCUGGUCCCACCCGUUGCAUGUGCACAUGCACGCUGGGUGCCAAUGAACUGCACAACACUGCUGAUUUGCUCCCACAGGCAGUAGUGAUGGCCACCAACUUUAGAAGAGGAUUAGGCAAAUCGACAGAGGAUAUGGCUAUCUACUCCGUACACUGUUGGGGGCAAAAAGGCUCUGAAUACCAGUUUCUGGGGGACACAAGUGGGGAAAGAACUGCUGAGGGCUUCUCACAGGCUCCUUCAACAAAAGGGUGCUGGACUAGUUGGGCCUUUGGUCUCCUGCCUCCUACUAAUGUUCCUAUUGCCUGUUCAGGCCUAACACGUCAACAGGGUUCUCUAGACCUUCGAUGGAGGUAUUUUAAGCAGAGGGUUGUAAUAAUAAUAAUAAUAAUAAUAAUAAUAAUAAUAAUAAAAUUAUUUAUUUAACCUGCCCUUCCUGGUUCAGAAAACCGGGCUCAGGACGGCUAACAACAAAUUUAAAACACUUAAUUGAUGCAACAAAAAACAGCAUAAAAUACAGUAUAAAAUGUGAAUAACAAUAAAUUCAGAAUUCAAAAAUCAAUUUAGGGGGGAAAUCCAUCCAAUAAACAUUAGAUGAUCACCAGGGCUAGCUGGCUAAAUUAGUCCUAUUUGGGCCAGCGAGGAGACCAGGGGAGAAUUAGCUGUGGGAUCCCAGAGCGGGUAGUCUUCAUAAAAAGGGGAGGGGAGGGGAGGAAGGACAAUAAAAGAUCAGGCUAAGUUCAAGUUGAAAGCCAGGAGGAAUAACUCUGUCUUACAGGCCCGACGGAAGGAGGUUAAAUCCUGCAGGGCCCUGGUCUCAUGGGACAGAGCAUUCCACCAGGUUGGAGCCAUCACUGAGAAGGCCCUGGCCCUGUUGUAGUUGCAAGAUUGCUCCAUUGAGCAGGGGGUUCCACUACAUGAGGUCUCAGGUUUCUCCCAACUCUUAAAAACCUAUUCAAUUGCUUUAUGCAGAGUCAGGCUAUUGGUCAUCUAGGGCAGCACUGUCUGCGCUGACCAAUGGCAGCUUACCAGAUUUUCACACAGCCACAGGACAGGUUGGGAACUGAACGGGGGACACUGUGUGUUCCAGCACUUUGCAUGUGUUUCUUGUGCGAAGCCUGGCUUGUUCAGCCUGCAUGUCACAAGCCCUUAUAUGGCUCGGCAGCUAGGCAGAUCUGAGACACUACAGAGCUAUGCUGCUCGCGGCUCCAGCCAAAGCUUUGAGUGUCUUCCUCCCCCUCCCCCCCUAAGCCUAAGGUGACUUUUACUAUCUUGCAGCUGCAACUGCAGAGGAAGAGGAGAAAAACAGCAUUUUAACUUGAUUUAUCCACCGCUAUAAGCACUCAUCUGUGCUCUUUAAAAAAUAAUUACAAAGGUGCAGAGAUUUUUUACAGCAGUGAGUUUGCCAGAAAAUGCUGCACAUUCAAUGAGAUAUCGAUGCCCCCGAAUUCCUGGGAAUUGCAAGAGGGGAGAGUGCUGUUGCCCUCAGGGCUUUCCACAGGCAUUUGUCAGCCGCUGUCAUAACACAAUGCUGGAUAGCUCAGUCGGUACAGCAUGAGACACUUAACCUCAGGAUUGUAGGUUAGAGCCCCACAUUGGUCAAAAGAUUCCCGCAUUGAAGGGGGUUGGCCUAGAUGAUGCUCAGGUCCCUUCCAAUUCUCCAAUUCCGCGAUUGUAUGAUUUCAUGACAUAAUGGGCCAUUGGCUUGAGCCAGCAGAAAUCUUCCUUUGUUAUUUCUGUUCAAGCAUUCGGCAUGCGCAAGUACUGAAUGUGCGAACGGGCUUCUGAGAAUGAACCUGGGUUGUCCUGCCUCAAGUAACAAAGAUAUGUGGGGAGGGGGACAGCCCAUAGCUCAGUGGUGGAGGGUCUGCUUUGCAUGCAGAAAGUCCCAGGUUCAAGUCCUGGCAUCUCCAGUUAGGAAUGGGAAUGUCCCCUGCUGAAACCCUGGAGAGCUUCUGCCAGUCAGUGAAGACAAUGCUGAGUUAGGUGAGCCAUUGGCCUGAUUCAGUAUAAGGAAGUUUCCUAUGUCCCACUGUGGGGAAAAUGCAUGAUAGGAGCAUAGCUGUCAAUUUUUCCCUUUUCUUGCGAGGAAUCCUAUUCAGAAUAAGGGAAUUUCCCUUUAAAAAAGGGAAACGUUGACAGCUAUGGAUAGGAGAAACAAAAGUUAUGAUGAAUUUUCAUGAGACUUUUAGAAAAGGGGAAGGAAACUGAUGUAAAAAUAUGCAAAAAUGGAAAAAAAUGGAAAAAUAGGAAGUUGAGAGAAACAAAAAAUGUCAGAUUCACCCAUUCCUCUGUGGGUUAGAGAGAGAGAAGGGGAGGGAGAGAGAGAGAGAGAGAGAGAGAGAGAGAGAGAGAGAGAGAGAGAGAGAGACGUGCUUGCCUGCCUGUGAGCUUGGCAAGGGUUGGAAAACCCAACCAAAAUCUUAACAGCAAUAAGGACACCUUGUAACAGGGAUGACGAAGGUGAAAGAUUAUUCGAGGGAUGAAAAGCAUUGGGACUGCAUUCUGUGGAAAGCUGCCUUCAGUAUUUGAGGAGGGACAAUGACUUUUGCAUGUUUGUCGAAUGUCGCUUUGUUUUCCCUCAACGAGAAAGCCAGUGAUGCGAUCUGACUGACCCCCUCAGUUAAACCUCCCGGAUGGGCAAAGAGAGUGACACAUGCGUCCCAAGGCCUAUUUGGGUGGGGGUGGGUGGGUGGGUGGGAGAAGGGAAUUUAAAAAUGGCCUUCUGCCUCCAAUUUCCUGGAAAUGCCACUGGUUUUUAUGAUUGACGCACUUUAGGGAGCGAAGAGGCUUAAUUUGCUACAUGAACAUGACACAGAGCUCUACAGUAAAAAAAAGAAAGAAAGAAAAGGAACCAGUCUGGCACUUUCGAUAUAUGGACAUGGCAAAAAGCCCAGCUUGGGGUGGCAGCCGCUGACAGGAGACUCAGUGCCUCCCUGGCUAUUAAAUGACACACUUCUGCUCUGUCAAGCAGGUGGCCUGUAAUUAGGCAAUUAGCUCCCAACAAGGCCAGUUGUGUAGUCACCCUGAAUGGCUGGACAAUCCUCUCAGAACCUAGGUGGACAGUAUGUGAGGGAAAUGAAUACGUGCACGCAAGACUUCCUCAUCAAAAGACUGCUAACUCUCUCUAUUCCAGCGUUCUGAACAGUCUGGAGGUCCCAGGUCAGGAAACCCAACCCCUAAUCUCAGGGUGAAUGAGAAAGACCAUCAUAGUAACACAUGUCACAGCCUCACUGUGGCUACCUUGCUUUGGGGAGGGGCGUUUAGCUGCAUUCCCCCCCCCCCACUGUAAUAAUAAUUUUAUUAUUUGUACCCUGCCCAUCUGACUAGGUUUCCCUAGCCACUCUGGGCAGCUUCCAGCAUAUAUAAAAACAUAAUAAAACAGCAAACCAUAAAAAUGGCUGCCUUCAGAUGUUUCCUAAAUGUUAUAUAAUUACUCGUCUUCUUGAUAUCUGAUGGGAGGGCGUUCCACAGGGUGGGUGCCACUACCAAGAAGGCACUCUGCCUGGUUCCCUGUAGCUUCACAUCUUUCAGUGAGGGAACCGCCAGAAGGCCCUCGGAGCUGGACCUGAGUGUCCGGGCUGGAUGAUGGGGGUGGAGAUGCUCCUUCAGGUAUACAGGGCCCAGGCUAUUUAGGGCUUUAAAGGUCAACACUAACACUUUGAAAUGACCCCAUAGCUGUCGAUUGAGACAAUGAAUCUAAGUCCACAGCCUGCAAGCAUGUGAGUUUCCCUACGGGGAAUAUCCCAUGCAGAUAUUCCCCUGCCUCUUCCCCAUGGAAAACCGUAGGAAUCCCAUGAGUUGAGGACCUUCUGUGAUGAUGCUCACUGAUUCAGUUUGGGAAGCCUCUCUCAAAUAUCUUCCCCUAGUUUGGUUUCAUUUGUGUGAUGCCGCAUUGAAUUCUGGUCUGGGAGAGAUAUCAAUAAAGAUGACAAUAAACCCUUAAACGACAAAUUCCAUGAAAGAUCGGCCAGGAAUCAAGAAAUUUAAUUCAUGUGGGAAUGGAAAACAAGUAAAUUUCCAACUAAGUUUCUCGGAGAGUGAGUAUUUCCUCUCCCCCCACUUCUCUGGUUUUCUUGACUCUUCUCUUUACACAUAAACUACCAGAAGCAGAGGUCUAAUUUCCUAGACUUAUUUCUAGUCUAAGAAUCCCAUCCCCUCAGGGAUGACACCUGGGGUGGGCCACACACCCUGAGUGCCCCCUUCCUCCACCAGUGCCCAUCCAUACUCCACUCUGGUCCCAGAACUACUAACUGCAUUAACUCACAAAUCCCAGCUACUCCGUUAACCAAUAUUUCAUCCUCCUGCUCCCUCUUACCUGAACUUUUGACAGCAAAGCUCCCAUCCCAUCCAGUCACAAUAUAAAACACAGUUGCGUGGUGAGUCCCCCCCCCCCCAGUGGAAAUAAAGACACAUGACACAAUUAUUAAGGUUAAUGGGCUAAAUAAGGCCACAACUUUAUUGGUUACAGGUGAUGAGUGGUAUUGGCUUAGGCAUUGGUCCUAACUGACUAUAUCCGGCUUCAGCCUGUCUGCUUGAAGUCCAGAAGGGGUUAACCACCAGUAGGGGGAGUCCUGCUGAUGCACAUCAACUAGGAACUCCUCCAGGGUCACUGAUCAGGGGCGUGCCUUAGGCCCUCACCUCCCUAGGCUUCGGACAGGGCCACACACCCCGGAAUCCUUUAUCGGACUACCCUUCAAUAUGUGGGGCAGGUGAUGGUGCUUCCUCCCCUCUUCCAUCCACAAAACAAUGCCAAUACCAAUGCCUAACCGCCAAUACCAAGAAAGUUGUGACAAUUUGCUAUGAGGUAGGCGAAAACCAAGUGGCUGGUGCCAAUUUGCCAAGUGGAAAAAUUCCUACCUGGUCCCUCAAUGGUGACCAACCAAGGUCCAUAGCAAGGUCAAGGAACAAAAACCUUAAAGGGCGGGAGGGUGGGAAACAGGAACAGCUGGUAUGCGGGGAAAGAGGGAGAUCCCUGGCCGCACCUACGUUUAAAUCGGGCAGGUCAUGCCCCCAAAGCCAGCCGAUUGGCUGGCCAGGGGGUGACGCGGCCAGGGAUUCCCCCAAUCACGCAGGGGCUGGACUCCAGCCCCGCAUGCGUGGUGGGGCUGCGACGCCCGCAAUCCCACCUCCUCUGCAGGACGGAAGUGGCUUUCUCUACAGGUACAUUCAAACACGGGGAAUGUUGCGUUAGUUUUCCUGAUCCUAAUGCUAGCACUUCAGUCCAAUUUUUGAACAUUGCUUCCAUACUGCAGUACCUUUUGUGUUAUGGAACAGUCACUUCCUGACUGGUACAGGCACAUAUUGCACUGAAGUGCACUUGCACCAGUGGGUGUGGUGUGGCAAAACAAGGAGUAUCAUUGGACAAUGUCUCUACUCCUCCAUCCUUUAUGUACAUGCAUGCCUGGGACCCCCUAUGAUUUCCUAUGAAAACAAAUGGAAGGGACUGCAUACAGGUAUGCCAUAUGCCGCCCCAAAUUUCAUCACUCCCACAAUUCUAUGGGUUAAUUGGGUUGUAAAUGAUUUUCUUUUCUUUUCUGGAACCGAUGAACACAGAAAGGAGUGUUAAACUUCCACUAUUCCAAAAGUCAUAGAAAAGCUCAGAUAUAAUACAGAAAUUAACAAUUAGUGAAAUGGAAUAAACGGCUAUGUGAAUGCAGUCUACAUCGACUGCAGAACACGUGUGACCACUUGUACUGUAUUAGCUUGUCAAGUGUUGAAGAAGGAUUUCACCACUGGCAUAAUCCUGUUUCACCAGAGCCACCUCCACAAUGUGUCUUGUGAUGUAUGUGCCUGCAGUGUGUAAAUCCAGACGACUGGUCCGUGCAUUGUUUCCCCUGAUCUUGAGGGAAGUGGUUGUGCAUUUGUGUGUAGCGUGUGUGAUACGUUAUUGUGUGUGGUGCAGUUCUCGGUAGAAAUGCCCACUCUACAAUAAGAAGAUUGUCUAGGUGGAUGAGCCUGCGAACCAUUUUGCAUCCUCAGGCAUGUUUGUUUUGUUUCAGCCAUUGCUUAACAGUUUAUACUUUGGAGAUGCUCCAUGAUAUGGAUUGCUGGUUAAUAAUGUGUAAUUUAUUUACAUGGAUUUGUGUGUGUGUGCCACAGCAGAGAAGGCUUGAAACAGCUGUGUGAACUGUAGGGUAUCUCUGCUGAUGAAAAGGAUGCUUCUCCACAUUCUUGUCUGUACGAAUGGACCCAGAAACAUUUCAUCAUAGGUGAAAUGGACAUAAUGGCUUGCUCCUCGUAGCCCAGGUGGAGAGGAGACAUGAUGGCCCUCUUCAAAUACUUGUAGGACAGUUGCAUAGAAGAAGAAAGGCAAGACUUGUUCUUUGCUGCCCAGAGGACAGAGCUAGACCUUAUGUUACAGGAGGCUAAAUUUCAGUUGAGCAUUCUGAGAAGCUCCUUGAUGGUAAGAGCAGUUUGACAAUGGAAUUGCUUACCUGGAGAGGUGGUGGGUUUUGUUCCAAACUGGAGGUCUUCAAGGAGAGGCUGUACAGCAGUUGCAGGCAACCAUUGAUUCCCCAGAUGUUGCUGAACUACAGCUCCCAUCAUCCCUGGUCAUUGGCCAUUCUUUCUGGGACUGAUGGGAGUUGUAGUUCAGCAGGUUCAGGAGGACCUGCUGUACAGCUGUCUCCUUGCAAUACUCUCUUUUCCAUGCACAGAGCAGAGGGUUGAACUAGAUGGUGUGCAAGAAGCCUUUCAACUCCACGAUUCUGUGAUGUCCGAAAAAUCCUCUGCAUUCUCUAGAAUGCAGUAGAAGCCAUUGGUGCCUACCUGGUUUCAUUUGGGUACCAUGAUGGUUUAUUUCAAGGCUGAUUGAUGACUACAGCAUUUGCUUAUACUUAUCUUCACACUUGCUUCUUUUGAUAGCAGCUAACAAAUUUAGUUCAGCUAGCUUUCGGGAAUGACACCUGGGCGCUGUGAUUCUGACAUGUUUAUUCAGCGCUGGCACCAGACUUCAAUGGGGGCCCUUGGUGUGAUGCCAGCGUUGCUUCUACACUGUCCAACACACACACACACACACACACACACACACACAGAGUGAGGCUUGGGCACAGCCCUGUUUGCAAUGUCUGGCGCCGCAUGUUUUUCUGCUACUGACGCCAUUCACUGCCCUCCAUGGGGGGCUUCAGUGUUGGGUGGGUGCUGGUGAUUUUGAAUGGGAGCUAAUCUCAGCUGCCAUCCAUGGGAGCUGCCUGCUGUCUUAAGCGACCCCAAACUCAUCACCCUAGACCAUAGAUCUCUGAAAUCAAUACAUUGCAUAGAUCUGUGUGCCAGCAUGUGGCGUUUUGGGUAACCCAAAAUGGUAGGUGGCCACUGCAGAUGAGCUUGGCUCCCAUUCAAAGGAGGCAACACUGUUUGCUGUAAUGGGUCGAGUGCUGAGUAGCAUCAUGGCUGGGGUAAGCUGGCAAAUGGGUGUUCCAAACUCUUGGGGCUAUCAGAACAUUGCCUGAGCUGGCCAGCCACUUGUGAUGGCCCUGCUGUUAAUAACUCCCUUAGAUAUGAACCUUAAGUUCCUUCUCUCUCUUUCUCUCUCUUCCUUAUUUUGCAGCUCCAAUGGGAAAUCGGUCACAUGGGCCCAGAACGAGAAGAGCACAAGCAGGGGAGCCCACCUCUGGCAGAGGCUUUCCGUUCAUAUCAACAAGAAGGAGAACCCCAACCAAACGGCCGUGAUCAAGCCUUUCUCCAAAAGCACAGCCAGCAGCCAGCACAGCGGCGGCAGCAGCAGCGGCGCCACACUCACCGUCCCGCUCCCAGAGUCCAGUGCCAAACCGCUUUACGACGUCUCCGAAGCAGAGGAGCACUACCCGGCUCAGUACCGAGCUCAGACCCCUUCCCCCAUCAGCACCAUCAGCCAGAGGACGGCCUCGCUCAGCCGGACGGAGGACGAUGUCCCGACGUUCCAGACAGAGCAAACCCAGAGGAGCAGCUCCUCCCAAGGCUCCCUGAUGGAGCAGAUCAGCAGCGUGGUGACCCGCUUCACUGCCAACAUCAGCGAACUCAACUCCAUGAUGCUCUCCACGACCACACCGGGAGCCAUGGUGGCCACCCCUCUGUGCUCUUCCUACCUGAUCCCGAGAGAAAUCCAGCUUCCUACCACCAUGACGACGUUUGCAGAGAUCCAGCCUCUCCCUGCCAUCGAGGUCAACGGCGCAUCUCAGUCGGCCAGGAAGCCGUCCUGCGGCAGCGUCAAAGAGGGCCCUUCGGCAGGAACACCAGCAGCGCCAAAGCCAGACCUGGAAGAGUUGGUGGCUUUGACGCCUCCCUCCCCCUUCAGGGACUCUGUUGACUCCGGGAGCGCUUCGCCCAGUUCCCCAGCCUCCGAAUCCGCCCUGUGUGUCCCCUCUUCGCCAAAAUACGAUUCGCUUAUGAUAAGAGAUUAUGCUCAGAGUUCUUCUUCUUUGUGA